AGUGUUAAAUGAUUUAAUAAACAAAAUAAAUGCGAAGUAAACGAAAUUAUAUUUUGUGCAGCAGUUCGAGUGUUAAUUGAGUGCAUUCACAUUAGCUGCUUUGAGUGAGAACAAUUGCAAGUAAAUUGCUGAAAAAUAUAUAAAGUUGUAGUACGAGUAUUCAACUUGCUUUGUUCGCUGACUGGUUAAUUGUGUGAUUAAGCGGAGUUUGAGUCAUCGCGAUAACAGAAUAACAAGUGGAUUUCGCAUCCAUAAAACGGAUUCUCUGUGAAAUCAGCGACUCAGUCCAAUGUGAUGUGUUGAGCCGUGGAUACAACAGAUAUACCAAAAAAAAAUACUGCCAGUGUUUGGAGUCGAGAAUGUUGCGACUGAAGUGGACAAUUGCGCUGCUGCUGCUGCUGCUGGCGCUGUUGGUGCCGACGCAGGCGGAGAUUAGGGAACUGCACAGUGAUGAGCCCGAAGGUCCCAAUGUCUGCAAGAAGCGAGAGAACUACAAUGUGGAGGUGGUCAUAACGGAGCUGCAGUCGUUCCAGGAGCGCGGCUCCACCUGGUGCCUCAACAUCCCGCCCAGCUGUCCCACCUACCGCAUCAAACAUCGUGUGGUGAACAAAACUCAAACUCUGACCAAGGCACGCAUUGUGCGUGACUGUUGUGAUGGCUACACUCGCAGUGGCAGGGAGUGCGUGCCACAUUGCAGCCAGUCCUGUCAGCACGGCGAAUGCGUUGCUCCGGAGAAGUGCAAGUGCACGGAAGGAUACGGCGGUCCAGUCUGCAACAUAAAUUGUUCUCCUGGUUUUUAUGGCAUCGACUGUAAGCUGAAGUGCGAUUGCCUGAAUAACGCCACCUGUGAGCCGUUUAGCGGCAACUGUGAGUGCGCCAAGGGUUACACUGGCGUCCAAUGCGAGCAGCAUUGUCCCGCCGGCAGCUAUGGUGAGAAGUGUGCGGAGAAGUGUCGCUGUGAGAAUGGCGGCAGCUGUGACCACAUCUCGGGCAAGUGCUCCUGUGCGCCCGGCUACACAGGUCCCUUAUGCGAUAUGCGCUGUCCGGAUGGCAAGCACGGUGUCCAGUGCGAGGAGGACUGUCGCUGUCAGAACGAUGGACGCUGUGAUCCACAGAAUGGCGCCUGCGAGUGCACGCCCGGCUGGACGGGCGAUGUCUGUGCCAACAAGUGUCCCACGGGCAGUCAUGGACCCAACUGUGAGCUGCAGUGUCACUGCCUGAAUGAUGCACCCUGUCAUCAUAUAACUGGACGCUGCGAGUGUCCGCCUGGCUACAUGGGCGAGGUCUGCAUGGACGAGUGUCCUCUCAAUACCUACGGCAUCAACUGCACCGAGAAGUGUCACUGCGAGAACGAUGCCGCCUGCAGUCGAACCGGCAAGUGCAUCUGUGCUCCGGGCUGGCAGGGAGAGCGCUGUGAGCAGCGCAUUUGUCCGGCGGACAGGUACGGCUCGGACUGCAACAAGACCUGCGAGUGCGAGAUGGAGCACACGGAUCUGUGUCAUCCGGAGACGGGACGCUGUCAGUGCAGCAUCGGCUGGAGCAGCGAUCAGUGCAUGCGUCCCUGUGCCUUCCUCAAGUACGGACUCAACUGUGAGCAGAACUGUGAUUGCCGCAACGGCGCCAAGUGCUCACCCAUCAAUGGCACCUGUCUCUGUGCGCCCGGCUUCACUGGGGAUCGGUGCGAGGAGAGCUGCCCGAUUGGCAGCUAUGGCCAGGACUGUGCCUUCCAGUGUGACUGCCAGAAUGGCGCCAAGUGUGCACCGGAGACGGGUCAGUGCCUCUGUGCUCCCGGCUGGAGGAACAACAAGUGCGACAGACCCUGUGAUCUCAAUCAUUAUGGCGACGCCUGUCGUCGCACCUGCGAGUGCCAGAACAACGCCUCCUGCAAUCCCAUCGACGGCAACUGCACCUGUGCGCCCGGCUGGACGGGCGAGCACUGCGACCAGAAGUGCGAGACGGGAUCCUUCGGACACAACUGUGCGUUCAAGUGUCAGUGCGACAUGUACAACACGAUCGCCUGUGAGGCAGCAACGGGUCGCUGCCUCUGCAAGCAGGGAUGGAGAGGCGUUAAUUGCGAGACGAACUGUUCGAGCGGUUACUAUGGUGAAAAUUGUGAUCAAGUUUGCAGAUGCUUGAACAACUCGUCCUGCGACUCGGAUACGGGCAGCUGCAUCUGUGCACCCGGCUGGACCGGCGAGGAUUGUGCGGAUCCCUGUCCCGAUGGCUUCUAUGGCAUGGAGUGCAAGGAGCGCUGUCCUGAGAGUCAUCAUGGCAACUCCACCUGUGAUCACAUUACCGGCGAGGUUGUCUGUCGGCCAGGCUACUUGGGUCUCACCUGUGAGCACGCCUGUCCGGCGGGUCUCUACGGUCCCAACUGCCGCCUGAAGUGCAACUGUGAGCACCAGGGCGAGUGUAAUCACGAGAAUGGUCAGUGCACCUGUCUGCCUGGCUGGACGGGCGCUAAUUGCAAUCAGACCUGUCCCAAGGACACCUAUGGCCAGGGUUGCACUCAGCGCUGUCGCUGCCAGAAUCACAUCAAUUGUCGCAAGAACGAUGGACACUGCAUUUGCCUGCCCGGCUGGAUGGGAGAUCACUGUACCUACAUCUGUCCCGAGGGCUUCUACGGCGAAUACUGCAUGCAUUCCUGCUCCUGCCCCUCGGCCAAUUUCCAGUGCCAUGCGGCCCAGGGUUGCGUCUGUCGCAGCGGCUACACUGGCGAAAAUUGUGAUCAACUCAUCGCCGAGCAACGCAUAGCUGAACCUGUUCCGGAAUCAAACAAUGCUGGAGUUGCUUUAAGCAUGGCUCUGUUGUUCAUCUCAUUUGCCAUCAUUUGUGCCGUGUUCUUCUACUAUCGACGUCGCUUGAAUAAUAUAAAGACGGAGCUCGCUCACGUUCACUACACGCACGACACGAAUGGAGGAGUAUCUGGUUGGCCGCAUACGAGUCCAAAUUUCGAUAAUCCCGUUUAUGGCAUGGAGUCGCGUCUGCUGACCAACCAACAGUUGCCGCCCAAGAUAAACAAUUUGAACACGAAUGGAUCACUGUGCACGAACUACGGUGAUGACUCCAAUGCCAGCAGCCGAGUGGGCAGCUAUUCCAUCAACUAUAAUCACGAGCUGUUGAAUAAGAAUCUGAAUGCGGAUCUGACCAAUCCAAAUGUUUAUAAUGCCAUUGGCGAUAGCCUAAAAGAGGAGCAUGUUUACGAUGAGAUCAAGCAGAAGGAGGGCUAUAAAGAUCCCGUGAAAAUUUAUAGCAAGAUAUUGUUUCCGGAGGAUGAGUAUGAUCAUCUGGAUUACUCAAGGCCCAGCACAUCGCAAAAGCCACAUUAUCAUCGCAUGAACGACACAAUGCUGAACAUCAAUCUGGACGAGGAGAAGCCCAGCAAUGUGAAGAAUAUGACGGUGCUGCUGGAUAAGAAACCCGAACCGCCAACGGAACCAGAACCGCAGCACGAAAGCUUCGAUAAUACCAAUCUGGAUACGUUAUCAACGGCAUCGCCCAGCUCCAGUCCGGAAUCGUUGAGGAAAUAAGAAAAUAAGCGUUGUGCCAGAGUCAGAGUUACGACUUUAUUGCGUACCGAUUUCAAAUAAUGAUAUUUUAAUGUGUUUGUAUUCUGUACGUUUAUGCAAAAAGUUGUUAGCGUAAUUUAUUACAUUUGUAGCUCUUAAGAUUUGUAUAAUUUGUGUCCCUUUUUUACUUUCUUACCCACAUUAAAAUUUUUAACUGUCAGCAUUUCUCAUAUGUACAACGCAUUUUUUGCUCAAACAAUUGUAAAUUUGUUUCUCUAGGGCCCUUUACAACCCAUCGUUGUUUUAAUUUGUUCCAAUAGAAUACCAAUCCCAACCAAAACCUUUUGUAAAUGUUUUAUAUUCAAAUAUUCAUAAAUUUGUUCAUCAGAUCUAUCAUAUACAUAUAUACAUUUAGAUAUAAGUACCUCUUCCUUUUGAUAACAAAUUGUGCUGUUGAUUGUAUAGAAAUUGUGAAUUCGGAAUUCGCGUUACCUUUUAGCUCCCCAGUGGAGCUAACAAUAAUUUUGAAUAACGCAUUACAUAUACAAACGUACAUAUUAACCUAUUCAUAUCAGAUAUUUAAGCAUAUAAUAUUUAUAUUUUAAUAAGCAAUAUAUUUGUAUAACAAACAAGAAACAAAAAAAAACAAACAAGUUAAUAUGAAAUAUUUGCCAAGAAUCGAAAAUAAGUCAAAUUAUUUGUAAUUCUAAGAAACAAUUUGUAUUUCGAAUGACUAUAAGCGUUGAUUGGCAAAACAGUUUUGUUUAAUUAUGAUUAAACUACAUUUUUAGUAGGUCAAAUAUUGGAACAUUACUAAAUUGUUAUUGUAAUUCAAUUUGUAGCUCAAAAUAUUGCUCAUUGUAUGUCUUUAAAAGGCAAAAUCUAAUAAAAUGCAAAUUAUCGCGCGUAAUCGAAAUG